CGGUUACUUGGUUUCAUUUCUGUGGCCGGGAUGUUUGGUUUCAUUUCUGUCAGCGCUGCUCAGGGGGAGUGAGUCCCACAGCAUAUAAGAGGGACGCGAAGAAGGAUGGGAUGAGUCCUGGUGCGCACUGCACUGAGAAGGCACAGAGAGCUUGUUAAGAAGACGACGUGCUGAGCAUCGGCGAGCACUGCCACCAGUUCUGACUCAGUGACUAAUGUCAAAGCCACCAGGGUCUUGGCCAUACCAGAAGCGGAAGAUGUUUCUUCCUCAACAGCAACCAAAAAAAGAACUGAAUUUCUUCCAGCAGCAGCCACCGCCAUCUGGUGAGGGAGCAGGACACAUGAUGUGUCCCCCAAACCAUCAGGUCAGAGGGCAGGAUCCCGUUUCCCUCACCAAGGAGUUCUUCUCGCUGGCACUGAACCCUCAGCAGCUAGAAGGAAGCAGGGGCCAACAGAGGGCAAAGGGCCUCGAGCUCAGCCUGGCUAGCCAGUACGAGGAGAAGGUGCGCCCCUGCCUCGACCUCAUCGACUCCCUGCGGGCGCUGGGCGUGGAGCAGGACCUGGCCCUGCCCGCCAUCGCCGUCAUCGGGGACCAGAGCUCGGGCAAGAGCUCGGUGCUGGAGGCUCUGUCAGGGGUCGCCCUCCCCAGAGGCAGCGGAACCGUGACCAGGUGCCCGCUGGUGUUGAAGCUGAAGAAACAGCGGCACGAGGGCACGUGGAGGGGGCGGGUCAGCUACCGCAAGACGGCGCUCCAGCUCCAGGACCCAUCCCAGGUGGAGACGGAGAUCCUCAAAGCCCAGAACACCAUAGCUGGGAACGGACUUAGCAUCAGCCAUGAGCUCAUCAGUCUGGAGAUCACCUCCCCUGAGGUUCCGGAUCUGACCCUCAUUGACCUCCCCGGCAUCACCAGGGUGCCUGUGGGAAACCAGCCCCAGGACAUCGGAUUGCAGAUCAAGGCACUCAUCAAGAAGUACAUUCAGAGGCAGCAGACCAUCAACUUGGUGGUGGUCCCCUGCAACGUGGACAUCGCCACCACGGAGGCGCUGAGCAUGGCUCAGGAAGUGGACCCCGAAGGAGACAGGACCAUAGGAGUCCUGACCAAACCAGAUCUCGUGGACAAGGGCACCGAACCCGUGGUCAUGCGAGUGGCACAGAACCUCACGUACCGUCUCCAGAAGGGUUACAUGAUCGUGAGGUGCCGGGGCCAGGAGGAGGUCACCAACAAGCUGACCCUGGCCGAGGCGACCAUGAAAGAAACGACGUUCUUCCAGACACAUCCACAUUUCAGAGCUCUCCUGGAGGAAGGAAAGGCCACGGUGCCCUGUCUGGCAGAAAGACUGACCAAUGAGCUCAUCUUGCACAUCAAUAAAUCACUCCCGUUGUUAGAAAAGCAGAUAAGGGAGAGCCACCAGAGGGCGAUGGAGGAGCUGCGCCAGUGCGGAGAGGACAUCCCCAGCAACGAAGCUGAUAGAAUGUUCUUCCUGAUCGAGAAAAUCAAGGUGUUUAAUCAGGACAUUGGAAAGUUAAUAGAAGGAGAAGAAGCCGUAAAGGAGAAAGAGACGCGCCUAUAUAACAAAAUCAGGCAGGAGUUUGAAAAAUGGGUGCUCGUACUCACAGCCAAUACCCAAAAAGUUAAAAAUAUUAUUCACAAAGAAGUCUCAAUAUAUGAAAAGCAGUAUCGUGGCAAAGAGCUGCUUGGAUUUGUCAACUACAAGACGUUCGAGACCAUCGUGCACCAGUACCUGGAACAGCUGGUAGACCCCGCACUCGCCGUGCUCCUGAAGGCUGUUGAAAUUGUCUGGGAAACGUUCGCCGACACAGCCAAGAAACACUUUAGUGAAUUUUCCAACCUUAAUCAAACAGCCCAGAACAAGAUUGAAGGCAUAAAAACGAAACAAGCAGAAACAGCAGAAAAUCUGAUCCGACUUCAGUUCCGAAUGGAGCAGCUCGUUUAUUGUCAAGACGAGAUUUACAGCGAGGUUCUGAACCAAGUCCGGAAAGAGUUCUUUAACCCCGUGGGGAAGUCCUUGCAGGAUCCUGAGUUAAAACUGUCUUUCUCCAAAGAUCAGUCUUCGAUGUCGUCCAUCACUGAGAUUGGGACGCACCUGAAUGCCUAUUUCUGGGAAACCAGCAAGCGUCUCGCCAACCAGAUCCCAUUCAUAAUUCAGUAUUUCAUACUCCAAGAGAACGGCAGUUGCUUGCAGAAAGCCAUGAUGCAGAUAUUACAGGACAGAGAGCACUACUGCUGGCUGCUUCAAGAACAGAGCGAUACCUCCACCAAGAGGCGAUUCCUUAAGGAGAAGAUUUACCGGCUGACUCAGGCUCGGCAAGCUCUCUAUAACUUCUGCAAUUAAAGGGGGCACAUCCGCGGAGGGGCAACAAUGCUUUGGGGUUUUUUCUUCCGUGCAUUCACUCUAAGGGGAUGCAGGAAGGGGCUUCUCAUUUGGAACGAGGCUUUUCUGUCGCCGCCUGUGUCCACUUUCGCUGUACUGCCCUUGCACUCAGCACCAGAGCUUGUAUCUGAGGUCCACACACACCCGGGGCUGGUACCUCCACCAGGAAGCCUUCCCUGAUCUCCCCAGAGAGGUGGCUCUCCAGUCCCCGAGCCCCACAACCCCCAGUCACAGCAUUCUCAAAUACUGCUCUCUUUCUUGGUUAGACUGUAGACCCCAGAGCGGGGAGGUCAGGAUCAUAUUGACCUUUUGUAUUUCCAGAAUCUUGAAUGGCACCUGCUACCUACUAGCCCCUUAAUAAAUGAGAGCUCACUGAACACACGAAUGGGGACGACUAUGGCGCUGUGGCUUAAAUGCACACUUCGGUGGUUUGAGAUGGUGUCCCUUGGCUGGUCACUCUCCGAGCAAUUCAGCCAGGCCACCUGCUUCCCACUGUUGACUGUAGCCGUGUUUCCAGACCCCAGGGGAACAAGCCUGAGCGAUACCCACUUUAACGUGCACCGUUUCCCUGGCUGCGAUGAGCUCCCGUUGCUAUGUUAAGUCUUAAGAGGAGUUUAAUAAGGAAAAAUAUUUUUUUGCAGUAGAGAUCAUCUGGUCAUGUAGGCAAGCAUUUAUCUCUGGCUCCUGUUCUAGUCCAUUGGUCUGCAUCUGUCUUUGCGCCAGGACCACACCGUUUUGCUAACGGGAGCUGUAGUAAGUUCUGAAAUCAGGAAGUGUGAGUUCUUAGCUUCGUUCUUCUUUUUCAGGGUUAUUUUGCCUAUUUCAGGGUACCUGGAGAGUCCUCGUGAAUCGUUGGGUGGGUUUUUGUCUCUCUACAAAAAAACGUCACUGGGAUUUGGACAGGGGUGGCAUUGACUCCGGAGGUCACUUUGGAUAGUAUUUGCAUCUUAACAAUAUUAAAUCUUGCAAUCCAUGAACACUGGAUGUCUUCCCGUUUAUUUAUGUCUUCUUUAAUGUCUUUGAGCAAUGUUCUAUCGCUUUCGGUGUGCACGUCUUUCAUUUCCUGGAUCAAGUUAAUCCCUAAGUAGUUUAUUCUUUUUGAUGCUGUUGUAAGUGGGGCUGUUUUUCUUCAUUUCUUUUUCAGGUUGUUCGUUGUUAAGGUAGAGAAAUGCGGCGCUGACUUUGUGUCUUGGUCCUCUUGAAUUUGUUCAUUAGUCUUCCCUCCCAACAGGUUUUCGUUUUUCAUUUUUUGGGUUUUUUUGCUGAAUAUUUGUGGUUUUCCACAUAUAAAGCCCCACAGUCUGUGAAUAGAGAUAAUUGUACUUCUUCCUUUGUAAUUUGGGUGACUUUCGGGUCAUCUUUCUGGAUUCGUCUUCUGAGCCCUUCUUGAACAGAAAUGACAAGGGCAGGGUGUCCCUGGUUUUAAAGAGCCCUCACGAUAUUGAAGCUAACAGAUAUGAAAAGAGCAUAUGAAAGAGAAAAUAGUGGUCUUACUUUUGGUGUCCUUUACUUUUCUUUUCUUUUGUAAUUUGGACUUUCCCCUCGUUUGAUGAGCUGGGUCACACGCAAAGAGUAGCAGUGCUGAGAAGACCCGUGGGCCCUGUUCCCGUGUCUGUUGUCUUCUUAAUCUUUAAAUUAUAAUUGCUGUUGUGAAAAUAAAGUCUGGGGAAAAUAGUC